AUGAAAAUUAUGAAUAAACAGUCAAUUACAAUUUUUUUAAUUAUUUGUUUUUUAAUUAAUUUAAUCUUAUCAUGUCCAAAUUACCCAGAGCCAAUUAAAAUUAAUCAAAAUGAUCCAACACUUCAAAAAGCAUAUAAAGAAGUUGAUGAAAUUAUUAAAAAAGGUAUGAAAGAUAAUGGAAUUAAAAGUUUCAUUGCUUCAAUAGUUUAUCGUGAUGAAAUUGUUUGGUCAAAAACUUAUGGUAAUGUUAAUCCACUUGAUGAAAAUUCUCCACCUUUAACAAUUGAUAAUGCUAUAAGAAUUGCAUCAAUUACAAAAACAUUUACAGAUUUAAUGAUGUUCCAAUUAAGAGAUAAAGGUACAAUAUCAUCAUUGGAUGAUGAAGUUUCAAAAUAUUUCCCAGAGUUUUCAAUUGGUAAUUUAUAUAAUACAAAAAAGUCACCAACUUUUAGAGAGUUAUCAUCACAUCAAUCUGGAUUACCAAGAGAGGUACCAUGUGAUUUCGAUGAUUUGGCCGAUUGGGAUAUUUGUUCUGAAGAGGUUAUAAUUGAAAGAUUAUCGAAAAUGUUUUUAAUAAUGCCAAGUUAUCAAAGUACUCAUUAUUCAAAUCUUGGUAUUGCUCUAUUGGGUAGAACCUUAGCAAAAGCAGCCAAUACUGAAUAUGAAAAAUAUGUAAAGGAAAAGAUAUUAUUCCCACUUGGUAUGAUGAAUUCAUCAUUCUAUUAUGAUGAUGUUAAAGAUUAUCUUGCACAAGGUUUAAUUCUUUGGCCAAAUGGAAGUUAUACAAUUUCACCAGUUGAAGAAUUAGGUUGGAGUAAUCCAAUGGGCAAUUUAUAUUCCACCGCAAGAGAUAUGUGCAAUUAUAUGAUGUUUUGGUUGAAUGAGAAUCCAGAGAUUUUAGACUCAACCACUUUGAAUGAAGCAAUGUCUCCAAUUAGUUUGCUUAACGAUGGUGAUACUGUAUAUGGCACACCAUUUGAAAUGUUUUAUGACCAAGCUAAUAGCAUUUGGGUUAAAUCAAAAGCUGGUCAAUUAUCAGGCUAUAGAACUCAAAUGGCAUUAAUUAGACCAUUGAAAAUUGGUAUGUUAUUCUCAUCAUUGUUAGCCUUUCAAACACCUGAUGUAUUCACUAAAGCUGCCUCUGAAAUUUUAAUACCAGUUUAUGAACAACUACUCUAUGAAGCUGGUAGCCAGCCGCAAUCACCAUUCAUACCUGAUUCAAAAUUAAAACCAACUUUAACCACUGAAAAAUACUCAAAAGAAAUACCAAAUGAUGCAUUUGUUGGAACUUAUACAAAUUCUGAAGGUUCCAUAUUUAUUGUUGAUAAUUCAACUGGUCUAUUAAUUGCAAACUUUGGUGAUGAUAAUUUAUUCAAUGUAAGUAGAUUCUCUGAUCAAUAUCCAGAGAUACUUAGAAUUAAAGUUUCAAAUCCACAAGAUUAUCUAUGUAGGUAUGUAGUCGAUGGGAGUAACUAUGAAUUGGUUUAUUUCACCAUUACUUCAACUCCUUUUGGUGGUAUUGAGUGUAAUUCUGUAACUGCUAUGGGUCAAACAAUGACUUUGGCAAGUAAAGACCCACAAUAUCUAAAAAAUAAUAAUAUUGAAUUUGAAAAAAGAAAUAAAUUAAUUUCAAAAUUCUUACAAUAA